AUGGCCAACGACAUUUGCAAUUCUCACGUAAAUUCCUCAAAAACCGAAGAGUUUGUCCGUACGUCGUUCAGAAGGCCUCCGUUUCCGCCAUUGAUCGACCCCUCUGAAAUUGCAAAGAAGCGUAUUUCCAAACAAAAAGAUCCUAAAAGGAUCAACUCUCGAGGGCCGAAUUGUUUUAUGAUAUACCGGUUAUACUGUACCCUCACAAAUAAAAUUUCGCGAAGUCGAAAAAGAGAAAGAAUUCACAUGACCAUGCUAUCUACGAUGAUCGCAGAAUUUUGGAAUAGCGAGCCGCAAGAAGUUAAAGACCAUUAUAGAGUUCUUGCCGCCCUGACCGAAAUUGAACUGUGCAAGCUGAGGCGAUGCCAUGAGAUUUAUGUUUUGCCUUGCGAGAAGCCUGGUCAAAAGCAUCAAGACCCUGAUGAAAACUUCGGCAAAAGAGAUGACGGUAGAAUACACAAAAACCAAGCUUUGGAAUUAACCUUGGGUGAAAAUUCAUCUGAAGAUGAAAUUUGGAUUCCCGUUAAUUACGAACCGAUAGUGAUGACUAGAUGUAAGGACCAUGAUCUUCUUUAUUGUCCUUGCCAUGACAAUCACAUUUAA